AUGGGUCGUGUCAGGACUAAAACUAUAAAGAAGGCCUCUCGGGUCAUCAUCGAGAAGUACUACAUGCGCCUGGGCAGUGACUUUCACACCAACAAGAGGGUGUGCGAGGAGAUCGCCAUCAUCCCCAGCAAACCACUGCGCAACAAGAUUGCAGGAUAUGUCACUCAUCUGAUGAAGAGGAUCCAGCGCGGUCCAGUCAGAGGCAUCUCCAUCAAACUGCAGGAGGAGGAGCGCGAGAGGAGGGACAACUACGUCCCAGAGAUCUCAGCCCUGGACCAGGAGCUCAUUGAGGUCGACCCUGACACCAAGGAGAUGCUGAAGAUGAUGGAUUUCGGCGGCCUGUCCAACCUCCAAGUCACGCAACCCACUGUUGGCAUGAACUUCAAAACACCCAGAGGACUGUAA